AUGGUCGCCGCUAUACAGUUGGGCCUCGCUGCCCUAUUCUGGCUCGGCCUCGUCAAGCAGGGUCUGGCUUUGGGCAUCGAUCAAGCCACCGACGAUCUCGACCUUGUCGCGAGAGACUUAUUCGGAAGUCUUGAGAAAACCAAGGCCCAAAUGGCCCUAGCUUCCAAGGGCAAGCGCGAUGUAGAGGAUCUGGAUGGGCGUGACCUCGAGUCUCGGUUGUUAUUUGGGAGUCUCGAGAAAACCAAGGCUCAAAUGGCUCUAGCUGCCAAGGGCAAGCGUGCUUCGGAGGAGCUGGAUGAGCUGGAUGAGCGUGACCUCGAAGGCCGCCUCUAUCUUCCCGACUACCACAAAUACGCACCCAAGAAAGGGCGAAGCCUCCAAGGCCGCCUCUAUCUUCCCGACUAUCAUAAAUAUGCCCCCAAGAAGCAAGGACGAAGCCUUAAAGCGCGCCGUAGUACGCAAAAUUAG